AUGUCCUUCCGGGAAGUGCGCUCAUUUGUGGAGACGAUGCGGCUCCUGGGGUACCCCAACCUCAUCAGCAUGGAGUCCUUCCGCACCCCCAACGUGGUUCUGGUGGCCGACUGCCUGUUUUGGCUUAUCAAGCGCUACGAGCCCUCGGCAGAGAUUGUGUACGAGAUUGAACGCGAGGGCGACCGCAUCUUCUUCUUCAAGCAAAUCUGCGAGGUUGCUCUGGCAAAGGGACGCGUCAAGCUGAACAUCAAGAAGCUCUACCAGUCCGACGGGAAUGCGGUGCAGGAGAUGCUGGUGUUGGCCAGCGUGCUCAAGAGGGCGAUGGCCGCCACCGGGGCGGAGGAGGUGGACUACACCGGCGUGCAGCAGAUGGUGGCGCAAAAGAACGUGCAGGACGCCAAGCGUGUGCAGCAGCUCUGCAGCGACCUCACAAGCGACGGCAGUGAGCUCUUUUUCCUCAUCGAGGAGGAGAUCGCGCAGCGGGGCGAGCGGCAGCGGGUGCUGUCGCGGGCGACAGAAGUGGGCGAGUUUGAGCGACGCCUGCGCGAUGUCCUCCUCAGCGUCGGCAAACAAAUAGAACAGUUGCAGACUAGCAUCACCAACCUGGGGGCGGAUGAGACGACGCUGGAGCAAAAGAUUGAGAGCAAAAAGACCCAAUUAGAGCGGGCACAGAAGCGGUUGAAGUCGCUCAUGGCCGUGCGCCCCGCUUUCAUGGAGGAGUACGAGAAGCAUGAGGGGGAGCUGCAGUCGCAGUUCGUCGUCUACCUUGAGCAGUAUCGCAACCUGGAGUACCUGGAGUAUGAGCUGGCCAAGUUCAACGCCGCGGAGGACGCGGUGCUAGAGGAGCAUGAGACGCGGCUGCGCGUUAUGCGUGAGCGGCUGCGGAAGGAGGAGCUCAGCGCGAUUCGCGGCGAGGCCGGCCACAAGCGUGUUGCGGCCCGCCCAGGCGAGGAGUUCAACCCCUUCACGAAAAAGCCGCAGCCGGGCGUCGGCGGCGGCAGGCUGGAGGACGGGGCGGAGGCUUCCGCGGCGGGCCGCGGGCGCGGUGCCGCGGGCGACCGCAGCAGCGAGAGCGGCUCUAGCAAAGGCUCUCGCGGGGAGGACCCGCCGCGGCCGCAUGCCGCGCUCGGGCGCCCGCGGCAGUCGCCUUUGGCCUCCGCGGAGGCGCCGACGCGGCGCAACGGCGAUGGCGGCGGCAGAAACGGCGUCAUGGGCCCCGAACCCCGUCAGGCGGAGAUGAUGUCGUCGGAUAUGCGGAAGGUGCACGCGGUGACGCCCGGCUCCUCCACGGAUUACGCCGCCAUCGCCCUCGCGCGCGGCCCGGACACAAGCGCCGACGAGGGCGACGAGAGCGACGAGAGCGAGAGCGAUUUAUCGGAGGACGACAGCGUCAGCGAGUCGGACUCCGACAUCGACACCUCCGACGUCAGCACCGACAGCGGCGACACGGACAACGGCAGCAGCAUAUGA